AUGCUCAAAAAUUUGGGCCGUUUUAAACAGUGGACUGGUGAGCGGUUGGGUGCUGCCAAACCUACUUUGCAAACCGAGGACAUUCAACAACUCGAAGACCAAACAGAGCAAUGGCACGAUGGGUUCGAACGCAUGUACCAAAGUGUCAAGCUUUCCUACGCGCAAUUGUCCAAACGCAAAACGUCAGUGCAAGACCCACGUCUGAAAUGUCGUCCAUUGGAAGCGAUCGGCGAUUCGUGGAUACGUCAUGGUGAAGAGAUUGCAGAAAACUCUCCCAAGCUAGCAACUUCAUUGAUUAGCCUGGGUCAUGCCGAAACUCAAAUCUCUGGCCACAUGGAUAUUUUGACAGAGCAGCUCAACAACAAUUACCUUCGAUUGCUCCGAGACAGCCGAGAAUGCUACAAGGAUUAUCUCGAGAUUCGCAGGAAAUUGGAAAUGCGACGACUCGAUUAUGCUGCCAAUCUCAGCCGUUUGCAAAAGGCCAAAAAGGAGAAGCCACAGCUAGAACAAUUGUUACAACAAUCUAGAAUCAAAUAUGAGGAAACCGAAAGCGAAUUACUACGUCAAAUGGUGCAAUUGGAUGAAUACAAGGAACAACAUCGUGUCGCUCUAAAGAACUUUCUUGAUGCUCAGCUUGAUUGUUACAUGAAAGCCGUCGAGAUGUUGAAGGAUGUUCAAUCAAGAUGGCCUGAUGGUGCUGAGGAUGAUGAUGAGGAAGAGGAUGAACGAGGAAAUCAAGACAUCUUGCAAGCACCACCCCCACCCAUGCCAGCAAUACAAGACACCAAACGUAUAUCAACUGAUUCGGCUUAUGAACGAUCAUCCACAACAAGUGCGAAUCCAACAAUGCCAACCAAUUCUCUUUUACCACCAUCUCAUACCGACCAACAUAACAACAACACUACUGCAACUACAACUACAGCUACCCAACACCCCAAACCAUCUUCUAUCGCCAGCUCUGCAUAUACUCCAUCCAUCAUUGAAGGAAAUGAAUCAAAACGACCUUGUGUAUCCGAGCAUUCUUAUGAACCAAGUAGCGAAGAAUCGGCAGCAGCUUCCAUGGAGAGCCAUGAUGAGCGUGAAAGGAAAAUGUCCAAAGUAUCAAGCAUUCUAGCAAACACCCGUCGUAAGGCUUUAUAUGAUUUCAAUGGGGAGCAUCCUGAGGAUUUAUCGUUUACAUCGGGUGACAUUAUCACCGUGCUUGAAGAAAUCAAUCAAGGAUGGUGGCUAGGCGAACUUACCACAACCGAUGGGAAAACGCUCAAGGGCAUCUUUCCAGUCAAUUAUACCGAACCAUUAGACUCUGCUGUUGAUAUUCCACCACCACCACUCCCUAUCAAGGAUGCUUCAUUACGACAAGACGCUUCGAUGCAUCAGCAUGCCCGAUCCCUUAGCAAGCUUUCGAACGAGCAACCCCAUUAA